AUGCAAGCUGCUCUCAACGGCCUAGCUAACACCGUCAAACAUGCAGCUAGCAAGGACGCCAUUAACCAGGCCAAAGGUACCGUUCGUAAAAUGUAAGGACAUACAAACUAUCAUUUUUUGUGACUUGUUUUUUCUAAACAAAGAAUUCUCCGAUAGGAGGUUUGAUUGCCUAAAUGAAAUGAAGUACGCUGUGAGUUUGGUUAAUUUUUCUACAUGAGCAGAAAAAUAUUGAGAAAAUAUCUUAAGCGGCCACUAAAAAUCUUUUAAAAGGACAUGAACGUACAAUAUGGAGUAAUCAUCAAGAAAGAAAAAAUGAAAGAGUUGAAAUCUUUCAAAUUUAAGAAACCCUGAAAAGAGGCGAAAGCUCUUCGGAGAUUCCGGUGCCUUACUUGCGAGAAAAAUGCCUGACCGCCGUGGAACUGGCGUUCGACCACGGCAGCGAGAAACAUGCACAGUUCGCCGUCGACGCAGUUCAAGUGAAUACAAACAUUUUAAAAAGAUAUUCUAAUCGAGAAGUGCAGGUUUUGCUGAGGGAUAAAUUCUUCCGAGAUUCUGGCGUCGAAAAUAACCAAAACCAUCUCGCGACUCAGGUAAAACGCAAAAAUUCUUCGAAAACUUGGUUUUUCACUAAUUGGUUUUUUUUUUGUUCAAAAAUUGUGUUUUCUUAAACAUAAGGCAGCUUCUCAAGAUGAUUUUUUUUGUCUUAAAUGGUUUUUUUUACUAGUCUGUCUUCAAACAUAGUAUUGAAGAUUAUCGUGAAUUUUUUCUCUUCAAAAAAUCUUUGUAUGUCGGUUUCAAAGGCGCAGAAAUUAUACUGAAAGCUGCUUUUCUGACCUUCAUCAACUCUGUCUAUGCUGCUUAAAACAUCCCAGAACAUUUUUUUAGAAGAACCAAAUCAAAAGAGUUAAAAUUUGACUUUUCUCAGGUUCUGACAUCUAUGACCGGAAUUGAGCAGUGGAACUCGCAGCUACAAUGCAAAUGUACAGCUGUAAGAAGUGGUCAUAAUUUCCCGAUUAAAAUGUGUUUUUUUGUUUGAAGCUCUUGGUGGAGAUGAUCUGCAGCAAUGAGCUGAAGAUCGAACUUCAGCACGUGGAAGAAUGCCUCCAGCUGUAUAAACGGUUGUACGGGGCCAGUGACGAAGAAAGUGUCCGCGUGUCCUGUCGCGCGGCCACCACUCAGUCCAUUUCCUCCUACUUCUCGAACCGAUACCUAUCUUGUGUCAGUUUUUAAAAUAUUCUGUCCAUUCUGGGAGGUUUCAUAAGACUUAUUGCAUUUCUCGAGCUUUAGAGCUCAUUUGUUAAGACUAAAAUUAAUUCUUAUUUUUGGACUCAUGCUGGUGCGAAUGGACUUCGACAAUAGCGGCCGAAUGGAAUCUAAAAUAUGUCUAAAAAGAACUAAUAUUUUUAUCUCGAGUUCUUUCCAUUCUUUUCAGUUUCUCCUCUUGAUUCCAGUUUUUUUCAAAUUUUUGCUGUGGAUUUUACCUUCAAGCAUCAAUUAUCGGUCAAAAUUUUGAAAUUUUGAAAAUUUGAAAAUUGCCAAAAAUAUGAGGAUAAUUUAUUUCUAUUAUUGCGAUUCUGAAAAUGGUUUCAUUAAAAACUCUGUUUUACCUUAGACACGAGAGGACUUAAAGCAGCGGCCUUCCAAACGGUAGAUAAUAGUUUCAUUGAAUGAUGCUCGUUUCUCUACAAGUAUAUCAUCCCUGGAACCUUUGCAGGAAGGAUCUCAGGAACACAUCGCGGUAUACCUCGACGCAACGAAACUUCUCGAGGCGGUCAUCGUCAACCUGGAGCAGGUCUCCGCCAGCCAUGAACAGUGUAUUAUUCUGCUCGACGCCGCGAACGCUCUUCUUUCCUGCCAAUCGCUGUCGAUUCUCUCACAUCAACCUUUCGUCAAUAUUUUAUGGUUUGAACGCAUGUUAUGAUAAAAAAAAAUCGACGUUAGUCUUCUCUCAGAUUUUGAAAUUGUUCUGAAAAUAUGCCAUUUUGCAGCUUCGCUCAUUCUUUUUUACGUUGAGAAUCUAGGAAAAACUUUCAUGAUUGGCUGAAAUCAGCAAAAUUUGAGUUUUCGUUAUUCUAUAGUCUGUUCAGAAUUCUCACUGAACAAAGAGUAUAGACAUGAUUCAUCAAGAUCUCGAAGCUUAUCGUUCUGUUACAAAGUUUCUGAAAAUUGGCCAGAGCAUUCUUUUUUUUGCCUUUGAGGUGUCCUUUUUCGAAAACUAGGAAGUUGUGGAAGGAUUUUAUGAUCUUAUUUGGUACAUCAAAGAAAGAGCCUUCAAAAAAAUUUCAAAAAAAAUCCAGUUUAUGAGUUCGACUAAAAUCAAGAAAUCAAAUUUUCUUUUCAGGGAGAAAAUGUGUCCACUGAUGAUUUUACUAAUCGGAGUACCUCAAAAAGGCGGCGUCAAUAAAAUCGAGAUCCAAAAUGAGCCUGUGGGGCAAGGUCAGAUCGAUUUCUCCUUGAGUCCGUCGGUCAGUGCCAAACCCGACGUGACCAGAGCUCUUUAUCAGUAAGAAGAUGAUGUGAUGAACUUCUAACCUGAAAAUGUUAUCAGAAUAGUAGAGCAGCUGUUCCGAUUCAUGGCCUCAGUCCCGUCGUUGUAUCCCUCCCUUCAAGCGCUUCUCCACAAAGCUCUGCUUUUCCCCAAAAUCGAACAGAGAGCAGAAGCGCUGAAGCUUGUCAGAAAGGUGAAUCGAAGUUUCGCGGAACGUAUCACGGAAAAGUAAGUUUUUCUAGCUGGUCAGCGAUAGGGAAAAGCUGCGCGACGUCGCGGUUUGUUGCGUAACGAUGAAAUCGCAGUCAAUCUGGCAGAUGAUGGUGGCGUCUGUGGCAGAAUGUGCGAAUCCAAAGCAUGAAGUUUCGGUGGACGCUGUCAGAAGUUGUGUUGCCUUGGUGAGACCGAUUAGUCCCGGACGAGUCGAAUUUAUAUGAAUCACUUGACAAAAAAAUCAGAAAAAAAUUUCAAAAAGCUAGCAGAAAAUAAAUUUUUAAAAAAACUUUCUUCUUCAAUAUAAUUUUUUUGAUACGUCAUUUUGAGUGUUUCAUCUCCAUUUUGACUGUUUUCAAUUUUUCAGAAUAAGAAAUUUUUUCGAAAGUACUCUUAUUCAAAAAGAAAAAUCUGUCUGCAAAGGUCCAUUUCUUGAUUCUGAGGCUUCCUCAAUUGUUCCUCAUUUUUCCAUUUGAAAUUUCAAAAUUCAGCUGCAAGGACUUCAUGACUUCUCCUCGGAGCCUAUAUUCUCAGAGGAAACUCGCGAGGCUGUCAAAGCCUUGUUUCCUCACUUCCAGGACACCAUCGCCAAAAGUUUUCCCGCAUUUCUGAGAACCAACCGAUUUAUUUUCUAGGUUUCACUUUGAGAAGCGAUGUGAGCACGAUAUCUCAAGAAGGAAGCAGUCUUGACGGGGCUGAAGCAGACCAGGAUCAGUUCGAAGAGGGCGGAAAGGAGGACUCUGCAGAUGAUGUGAAAAAGUGGGAAGAUUGUCAAUUAGUUAAAGAGUUCAGAACAUGAGCGAGACCUUGCGCCGCCUGGAGGAAAAGUUCUCCUGUGGAAAGAUCCGUCCAACGAUCACACGGCAAUCGAGCGAAUUCGACGAAUCGGUCAUAUAAUUUUCGUCUUGUAUUUGAACUUUGAAAUAUGUUCAGAGUGAAAAGUCUACGGCUCAAAAGUACACUGAAAGUCUGAACGAAGCCGUUCCACGGUGGGCGACUUUGAAAAACUCCCUCGAAGUCGACGAAGCCAUCCUUCAGUUUUCUUCCGAGUUUUAUAUUAGUCAGUUUUUUUUCGUCUUCAAGAAGAAAUAAGAAGUUUAGAAGUUUGUGCGGUACAUGCAGAAGCUUUCAAGUGCAAAUCGAAAGUUCAACAAGAUUUUUUGAAUACUGACGCUAUUUAUUUGACGACAUACGCUUGUCUGAGCAUGGCCACGUUCCCGGCCAAGCAGAAUUAUAUUGUAACUUGAAUAAAACAAUGUUUCUGAGAACUAUAAACUUUCUUCCAGGAAAAGUUCAAAAAAAUGGUGCUGAGCUCUGGAUGCGUUAUUCAUGUCAGCGAGAGUUGGCUGGAAAAAGUCUUCGAGUUCUUGAAAAAUACCAAGAUUUCGUCUUCCUUAUCGCCGUUGCUGAAGAAUAUUAUCAAUGGUAAGAGGUUAAAAACCCGGAGUGAAUCAAGAUUUUUUUUUAAAGCUCGAAGCAAAAAUCCUUUUCCUGUUUUUUUUUUUCAAGUCUAGCUUUUAAGUCUUAUAUGCUAUUGUGAAAAUUAUGAAGUUUCUGGAAUAUUUCUUGAAGAUUACGAUGGAAAGGAGAAAAACGUGCUGAGUGAUGUUCAGAAAUUGAGGAGUAUCGAGCGACGACCUGACGAGCCUCAGACGAACGAAGGUUUUUCUGGAGGCCUUUAUAACAUCAAACAUUAAAUGUUUAGAAGUCGCGGUCGGCAGAUGGCUCAUUUGUGGCGCUUGGAAGUUAGUCGUGGACGUUCUUUCCACUUUUUUGACUAUAAAAAGUGAGAAAUUCAAUUUGAAAAAAGUAGAAGUAAUAUCAUUUCAACAGGCCAAGGAAAAACACGAGAGAAAAUCAAAAACGCUGUCGAAUAUUCAAUCAAUGGAAUCCGAGCUUUUGCCAAAAUCGCUCAGAAGUUUGGUUGGUAUUCUAGAAUUUCGAAAAGAAAAGGUAUAAUUUAGGCCUUGCGGACCGUUGUGGAUGGAUCUUCGCAAGUCUUGUGGAAUCUUCGUGUUGUGUGGAAGACCUGAGGUCGGCCGCCGCGAGCAACGACGAAAAAUGGACCUGCACCAGUCGGGAACAGCUUCUCGCCAUGCAGUUGGUCCUCGAUCACGCCGAUGUCGCCAUUUCUUCGCCUCAAUGUUGGAAACACGUCAUCCGGUGAUUAUUGCUGCACAGGGACCCUAUGCAGCAAACUGAUAACAGUUUACCGAAAAAGGGGCUUGAAAUUGCAGAUUUUUCAAAGUCUUCAAAAAGGCAAAAAUCGAAAAAUAAAAUUGAUAAAUUAAUUGAGUGAACAAAAAUCGAUGGAAUCUUUUGGAAAAUUUUGUAUUGCCGCUGAAAAUAAAUCUUGAAGGAUAAAGAGGAUUUGAGGGGAAUUUUCGAAUCUGACUUGGUGAGAUGCCCUCUGAAGCACCUUUUUUCUCACUCAAUAGACGUUUUUUUCACGCGUUUUGGCUCUUUCUGAAUUUGACGUCUUCAGUUUUGCUCGACCUACUGAAAGUGUUCAGAAACGUUCAAUUUGAGGUCCUGGCUACUCGGAAUAUUUUGUAUAAUUAUUAUAAUUACUAAGCUAUUGAAUAACACUAAGCUUUUUGUAUGAAUCGACAUUUUGUAGAUGUACCGAAUACGUGUGGGAGCUGGAGAAGUACAUCUACGGCGCUCUCUGCUACGAGAAGCCUUCAAGAUUGCGUUUUCUACGGAAAAAUGAAGAAGAAAAGCCUCCGAAAGAAGAUCCAGACGCUCCGAAUGUCGCUGAGAGCACUGUUGAGAAGGCGCUGGGCGAUAACGCCAAUCUCUCGCUUCACUCGAUAAAUCGAGCGAUUUGCGUUCUCAUCGCCAAAGUUGAUAGGUUGGUUGAGAUUUUAGCUCAGAAAGAAAAGUAAACAAUUUAAAUUUCGAACUGAAACUAUGAUGUUUUUCUGUGUGAGUCGGCUUUUACAGUUUCUUGAAGUCAACUUUAAAAGGCAAAAAUUUUCAACUGUAAAUCGUUUUAAUUUAAUUUUUUGCAUAUUCAAGUGAACUAGUCUUUUAAAAUAUUCAAGUAAAAUGAGAAUUCAAAGCCAAUAUUUUUUCUUCCUUUGUUUAGAGAGAAAGAGGGAAAGACUUUUCAAAACAACUUUCUGAAAUUUUUGAAAAAGCAUGUUCUCAAAAGUUUGGCGACAAACAAGUUCUGAAAAGCCUUGCAAAAUCUUGUCCAGCACUAACCGAAAAAGGCAUUUUGACAAUGUUUCAACGGAAAGAAACUCGAGAAACCUCUUUUUGGUUUCAGAUUUUACUCGAAGGUUCCUCGAGAACUGUGCCUGCCAGCUCUGCGUGAUCUCUGCAUCUGUUUGGUCUCGUCCAGUGAGAACCGAGUCUUCUACAGCGACCAGAAACAGUCUAUUCUCACUCCCACGGUCAACCUCCUCUCUCGAGUACAACGAGCUCUUCUGAAAAUCGAUCAAGAACUUGCUCAGAUCUCCGAAGUGAUCUCGACCCUUUCGCACCGUCCCCUCGUCCAUCAGAUGUUCAUUUGGCCUGUCAUCAGCACCCAUUUCGUGCAAGUCUGCGAGUGUGAGCAGGAAUCUCGGGUGGCGGCGACGGUUCUGGCGGACAGCGCCUCUUCUCUUCUGCUCCAGGAGCCGCCGGGACUUUGCUUCAACCAUUCACUUAUUGUUCCUUUCCAGGUUGAUCAUUUUCUUUUCAGAAGAAAAUUUGAAUUUCUCUAAAGAUUUACUAUUCUAUUCCAUUAUGGAAUAGUAUAGAAUAGUAAAUCUUUAGAGAAAUUCUAUUCCAUUAUGGAAUAAACUUACCUCUAGAAUAAAUUUUAACGUCUCUACGGACGCGCUACGGGUUAAACUUAAUGAUCUCCCUAACUCUGCCUUUUUCGAAUCCAUUCCUUCUCGUUUGCUCUGAAUUCCUUUCUAUCCCCGGGUCAUAGUCUACUCGUUAGGGUGGACUAAUUCCCGUUUUUGGUUAUUCUGCUGCUUUCGUAUUCUGAACUAUUUUAUUUAUUAUUUUCUAACAGUAUGCAGUGAAUAAACCUAUGAAGCAGGAGGACUCUUUGAGAAAAAGACAAUCUUUUGACGUUAAUUCGUUGAAAAAGGGAUCGAAAUUUCCGCUUUGCUUCUUUUGCCGAAUCGCAAUAGGACACCGAGCGCGCAUUUCCUUAUCUUGCGCCGAGCUUUGAAGAAUCAUAUCUGAGCUCCAAAAUAGUUUUUGAGACGAGAUUUGAAAUCAGCGUGAAAAACUACAUCUAGUCGACCUAAUAUAAUUUAGAAGUUGCACUGACCAAAAGACAAGGAGAAUUGUCAAGGAAAUAAUAUAAUUUUUUUGAAAAUUAUAUUUUUUUCUGGAUAAUUUUAUAAUGGAUAUAUGAACUUUAUCAGAAGUUGCAUCCAAGUUUCCCCUCAUCUCCGUUUUUAAUCCUUAAACAUUUGUUUCAGACGGCGACUUGUAGCGACGCCUGUGCCGAUGAAACGAAAGAACAACUGAUCGCGUCACUGACUUCUUUCGUCAGAAGUCACGCCGAACGCAUGGGCUCUGGUUGGAAACCACUUUUCGGCGCCUUGAGAGCCGUCCGUAUUUCUCGUCUUUCCACCGUCCAAUGGGCCGUCAUCGAUGGAAUCUCCGCUUACCUCAACGUCAACAAACCGUUUUUUUUAAAUUAAUAUGGAAGAUUUGAUUACCAGCCGUUUCCAGGGCGGUCUUAUCUUCCUCAUUGCUCGAUUGCAUCGCGAGUGUCGUCCAUUUUCUGCAGUUCCACGGAGAUGACAUCGAAGAGGAGGCCGACUCUCAGUUAUCUCAAGCGGCUCUUCGUUUACUUUCUGCUCUUUACAAUGUCAUAUCCAAUUUGUACGUCACCCAACACGUUCCCAGCUACCAUCUAUUGCACAGGUCUGUUUUUGUUCUUUUUCAGUUUAUGAACUGGGGUGUGAGAGAAAAACGGUCGUUACAUACUGUUAUUCAUGCAACCCCAAAACAAACACCUUAUCCUAAGAAAAAUCAGCUCCAAAGAUUAGUAAGACCUUCAAAUUUAAGAGAAAAGGGGGAGAAAUUGUAUAUUAUAACGGAACCAACAAUUCGUGGCCAAUAGUUGAAGAUUCUAUCAAAAAGCAAAAAUUCAUGGGUUUAGAAAAAUAAAAAGUAAAUGAACGCUCCUUAAAAAAAGAGAAAUUCAAGGUGUGAACUGAGGGCUAGAUGCCUCGAUCAAGUAGAUCCCGUGACGAGCCAAGAAGAUGUUCCAAACCUUUCGACAUGCCUUCCAGUACCUCCAGAUUUCAACAUCGAUGCCCAAACUGCUGGUUUUUUCCUCUUGGUUUCCUCUAUUGCCGAAUUUCAGUGGAGCAUGGUCCUUUACCAUGGGAAGGCAAGCAGCCUCAUGAAGUCGCCGCCAUUGAGCUCUUCUUCACGUAUAGUACUUCCAAAUCCUCAAACUUUUCAUUCAUUGAAUUGUAUUCCAGUGGAGCAAGUCUGUGGCGCUCUUCUCACCUCCGAAACUUCAGUUCAGACUUCUCUACUCGAACUUAUUCAUAAGAUUUUAGUAGACGUGCCCAACUCGAACUUUGGUCUGGAAAAUAAGGGUCCGACUAGGAAUAAUUAUUCAAAUUCAAGGUCCCGAUUGUAGCGGUUUCGGAAUGUGCAAUGUGUUGCUGCCCUAUAUCCAGAAAUGGUUGAGAAGAGUCCGAGAAGAAGAUGUGAAGACGUUGAAGCAAACUAUAGGCAAAUGCUCACAGACGGCCAUAGAUUUGAUGAUUGACGAGAGAAGUUCGAAAACUAUUAAGUAAAAAACAAAACAUGAUUGGUUUCAGUGAACAAGUGGAGUGAGAGAAUUCUCCAAGACGUCUGCGAAAUCGGCAUCGAAUGUUGUUCGUUGGCCAAUAAGAUCUCUACAGUUGGAGCCGCGAGUUUCAGACUCAUGGCCGAAAAUUCGACCAGUUUCGGCACGAAUCACUGGCUCAUUUUUGCCAAUUCUUUGUGGAGAGCCGCGUUAGUGUUUAGUUCCCCAGGUUGCAUGUAGAAUAAUUCAAUUCGUGGUGGUCGCUUCAAGUAUUUUCAAGAUAGGGAUGAUUUCAAGAUUUAAUUGUUUGCUGCUUUGUUUCAUAGGCAGCAAUCGUUUUUAUUAUCUUCAAUUGCAGAUAAUAGACUGUAACUGGUCAAUUUCGACUUUCAAAACUUUUUGUUUUACUGUAGCUCAGUUUCAGACUCGGAAUACUUUUUCAAAGAAAAAACUUCAAACGUAAAUAUUUAUGCAGAAUUGCAAUGAGUCAUAAUCACAGGCUGCAUCCGCAUUUCAAUUAUUUUGUCUUGAAAUUUCCAAAAAAGACUCAAAAAGGACGAAUUUCUAGGAAUUGUCCAGGCAGAGGGUCCUUCUGGCUUUUUUUCCUUUAUUAAUACUAUUUAUUUACAGGCAGAACAAAAUAACAUGUACAGAAAAAAAAAGAAAAAAUUGGCAUUAAGCCUGAAAUAAAUAAAUAAAAGGCACUUGAGGCCCUCACGAGCCUCUGAGCCAGUAAUGAAAGAAUAAGAGGUGAAGAUUGCACAAAGGUAAAAAAAGUAAAUAGAAAAAGAAAGCAUUAUAAAUUAUGACACAGUGUAGCACAGGUAAAUGAGGAAUUUAAUUGGUUGUAAUGAUAUAAAAACGCAUUAGAUGGAUUAGAGUAGGGCUGAAGCACGGGUACCUGGUUCAACGGAGUCUGCUGGGAAUAGAUCCAAAAAGGAAAUUGUUAUCGAGGGAUAGUAACAAAGACCUGAAACUAUCUGGAGAAACAUUGAGGUUUCCCAAUGUAGCCAGUUUAUUCCAAAGAGGGAUGAACGUCUCAAAGAAAUUUUCGAAACGAAUCCCUACUCUGAUAAGACGUGAUGGAGCACGUACUGAAUUUGAUCUCCUGAAAACACUGUGAGAAACUGGCAAAUGACUCUCCUUAAUAUAAAUUUUAUGUAGUGUUCUUAGACAAAAUUCGACUCGUCUUCUAAAAAGAGAGUUUGUGUUAAUCUGAGCUAACCUGUCUUCAUAACUAGAAAACCUAAUGUUUGAUCUCAUGAAUGUUUGACGAGUAAAUUGACGGAAGAUGUUUUCGAGAGUGUAAGAUAGUUCUGAAGCUAGGGGGGGGGACUGAACAACUCACAACAGUAGUCCCUAUAGCGAGCAACGUAAGUAAGAAAAAUCCGGCUCAUUAGAGCGGGAGAUAGGGCGCGGAACGCUCUGAUGAUUUGUUUAAUUUUUAGUUUGCAUAAGGCUAUAACUUUACGAAGGUGAGGCUCAAAUGUUAGUUUGUUAUCAAUAAGAAUGCCUAGAUCGCGAACAGCUUCCGCGGAAGAGAUAGUUAUAUUAUUUAUAGUAUACUGAACAUGAGGGUUGCUACGGCCUAGAUGGAGAAGGGUGGUUUUGUGUUCGGCCAGGGGAAGACCCCAUUGACUAGACCAUUGGAAAACGUCGUUGAGACCUCGCUGAAGCGCUAUAGGAUCGUCAGAAAAAAUUUUAAGAUCAUCAGCAAAAAGAUAUAUCCUUUCUUGGAAUAUGCGCCUGGAAAUAUUUCCGUUGGGCAUUUAGGGGACGCUACUUUUUCCUAGAAAGUUCAAGUUUCUUUUUUCUGCAGAAGCGCGACUCUGGAUCCGGUCCGCUACAUUUCAUCCUAUUUCAUCGUGGACUCCCAAGAAGAAGGAGGAGACGUCGGAACAGUUCUUAUCGAAAAUCGGUCAAGCCUUCCUUUCGAGGAAGUCGUCCUUGCUCAUCAGGUAUCUUUUUGGAGAGUACAACUCUAUCAAGUGCUCAGAUCCUUUCUCCUGACGUGGAAGGACAAAUGAAGGCUCCCACUGGAGAAGAAGACGUGGGAGAUCCGACGCUCCGUUGUCAACUUCACAACGAAACAAAAACGUUAGUUUUUUUUAUAUACAAGGAAUAAAUGAAUUUUGAGGGUUCGUGUUCGUUCUCUGGUCUAUGCAAUGGCGACGCAUGGAAUGUUGCUCCAAACCGUUGGUUCUCUACUUCUUUCUGGACAAGAUUCAUUAGAAGAGUCUUUGCGAAAGUCGAUUCUUGGAAUCCAUCGACCGAUUGGAUGUCGCCUUGAAGGCGACGUUUUCAAUCGCUUCUACGAGUUUCUUGAUGCCACAUUUGCGGUAAAUCUCAAUUUUAUACAUUUUUUCAUGGUGAUAUUUUCCAGGUGGCGCUACAAAUAGAUCGACGACCGGCUCUGCUGGCGGUGAUGAGCAAGGUUACAGGCGUGGAGAACGCAAAUUGCUUGAAAUUUUUGGUCAAUUCGUCGUUGAUCAAAACGUUCAGCUUGUUGCAACGCUACGAAGUCAACAAGUGGGACGAAUUGAAAAAAUAAUUUGAUUCCAAUAAUGUUUAUAGAGAAGAAAAGCUGCUCGCAGAGUUGACCGAAUGUUUGUGUCGAUUAAGCCGCGAGCUGAAACAAGUCGAAAUGAGCAUCUGCGCGAAACGCUCAGCCAUGUACUCACGAGAACAUUCGGAAAAUGUGAGUGGAUUAUAAUUAACGAGAAAUUUAUCGUGAAUUUCAAGCAAUAUCACUUCAUGUUGGUCGUGCACGAGGACCAGAAUAUGUAUCAGCUCGUGUCGCAAAAAGACGUCGAGAAGACUGUUUCAGGUCUCAUAAACUAGAUAUAACUAAUUUAUCUCAAGAAAUUCAAGAAUACGAACAGCACAGAGAGCGGCUGAAAGUGGAGAGGAAAAAUCCGUUCACUGACUCGGGAAACAAUUCGGAAAAAAGCGAGGUAAUUAAAAAAAACUGUGAAAAAAAGAAAUCAAUUGAGACUUUUGCCUUUUCAGGACCGCGAAGGACCCAUCGACAUGGACGAAGUUCGUCUAAUCGCCUACCGCGACGUCUGCCUUCACCCACUCCGAAGACUUCUCCAUCUCAAAGCCUUAAAACCUGCGGCCAAAGCCUUGUCUGCAAUACUCAUAUCAUCUCCAGAUUUAAGUGUCAGAACACUCGCUGUACAACUUAUUGAAUUUUUAUGUCAAUGAAUUCGAAUAAAAUACUUUAUAGAUUCGUACUUUUUUUCAACCAAGAUGUUGAAAGAAAAGCCAUAUUACGAUUUUUCACCUUCAAAAAUAAGUGAACAUCUUUUGAUCAUAGAAAUAACAUUAUUUUUUUUUAUUGAUGUUUGUUUUACUUCCAUGGUAAGAAAUUCUUAUUAUCGUAAAUCUAACUUAAUAAUUACUGUGGACUGAUUUACUCAAUUCGUGGUCGUAGAAACCAAAUGCAGUGGAGCGCAUUCGACUUGUAGGCUGAUUAAACUUUUUUUUAAAGUUUUUUUUUCUUUUAUUAUCUCCCCCGUCUGGCGCGACUUUGCGGCGAGAGAUUUAAGUUCCGCAGGCUUGCGCCAAGAAAAAAACCCAGCGCUAAAAUUUGCGCGAACCUCGCGCAAUACAGGGCGCAAGCUUGCGCUAUGGGAGGGCUGCUUUAGAGCUCACAAACUCAUUUACAGUAAUUCCGAAACUGUUUCGUCUAUGUUUUUCUAUUUUUCCUAAAUUAUGUUUUCUUUUUUUCUAUAUAUUUUUUUCUGGUUUUUUUAUAAAUGAAAUUUUAUCAUCAUCGUUUUUUUAGUUGACUUCAUAUUUGUAUGCGACGCGUCGAAACGUAUCUUUUUCGAGAGAUUCGAUGUAUUGGUUUAUCCGAUUAUACUUUGAGAAAGGUAAUUAUUUUUGUUUUUUUCUUCCUAGCGAAGACGUUUUUUUGAUUAUUUUUUUCUUAAAAAAAUUAACUCCAGAAAUUACAAAAAAAGUGAGUUCGAUAUUCUUUGUAUUAGCUGUAAUACUGAAUUUUUUUCAGAUCUAAUGAAGAGAGAGUUCAACAAUAAGAUUCUCAUGGAGUGGUGAACAUGAUAUAUGGAAGUUUGCAAUGUUGAGGUUUGUAGUUUUCGAAUAACAUUUCAUUAUUUCUCUUAUGUUCUUGGUACAAUCCAAAGCUGUACACUACGUCUAUAAUAAGGAUAUAUACAGAAAACUUGAAGAGAUUUCGAAAAAAGUUUAUCAGAGUCAAAAAGACGAUUUUGUGAUGGAUUAAUAUUAAUAAAAUGGCUAUUAUGAUGAAACUUGGGUUCCAUAGGUAAUUCUUUACGCUCAAUCGGAUGGCUUUAACAGAUUUUUGAUAUAUUUUCUGGAUUCGCCGAAAAGUCCAUGAUCGAGGGUGGUCCUAUCCUUAUUGGACGCAGUGUACCAGAUAUAAUAUCUGUUCAUAUAAAAAAAUUAAAAGGGACCCUGAUAAUCAUGUGAUUGUUUAACAAAAAAAUAUGUUUUUUUAUUUUUAACAAAAAAAUCGUAUAAAGUGAAAAAAAGCAACUAUAAAACUUCAGCUAUGAUACGCCGAAUUUUUCGACACGAUGAUGGUCAAAAAGAAAGAGGUUCCUCCACCCUGGUUCGAAAUAUGCGAAUAAAAAGUAAUUUUGAUUAUUUUUUUAUCUUUGAAAAAAAGUUUUUUUAGAUGAGAGCGAUGGAACGUUCGCUGCGUAACGUCCCAAGCCAUCGAUUCGCAGGCCCUUAUUAGAAGACUUUUUUUCCGAGGCUAAUGGAUGAAUGAAGGAAGAAAUUGUGUUCAACACUAUCGAGAUUCUGCUAGCGCAACUGUACACAUCUUUAUAUUGUUGAAAACCCACUUGCAAGAAUAUGAACAUCAUAAUUUCAUGUAGUUUUUCUGAAAAAGUCGAGACUAUACUGGAAAUCGUUAUGCGCGAUCAAUUAUUCAAGCUACUUGUAAUUAUAUUUUUACCUAGCCCUUACCAGGUAACUACGCAGGCACUUGUUUGCAAGUUGAGUUGCAACAUUUUUUUAGAUAGACCUGGAUAGGGAUGCUUGAAAACAAAAAAGUUUACCUACUGGGUUUCAAAAUUUGCAGAGAAAUAGGCUCACUAAACUGCACAGAAAAAGAUUUGAAAAAAAAUACUUUUUAUAAUACUACUUUUCAUUAGAUUGAAGUAUCAGAACUCUUGCAAGUGGAAAUUUUUUUAUUGUAUGUCAUGAUGUAUUUUUUUGAUAUUUCUGCGUUUUUGAAAUUGUUCCAUGUUUCACUUUUUUUCACUGUUUCUGAACUUCCGGGUCUUCUGAAUCUUACUAUUUUUGCAAAACCCCCGGUUGUUUUAUUACUGGAAAUAAUUCGAGUCAUUGUAAUUAUUAAACAUAGCUUAAAUUUUUACCAUUCUCACGUUAUCUUUUUUUCCUUUCAUUAUUGAUUGAUACCAUGAAAUCCAAUGCAUCUUAAAGACUUCAAUUGUUGUAAAGUGUAAAAUUAGUUCAUUUUAGAAAUAAAUAUAGUUUUUUUCCAAGUUUUCUGUGUUUGUUCAGCCUCUUUGAGCUGCGACACUCACAGGUUGCUUGUAUUUUUGUUUAAAUCAAGCUGAAAAUUCAAUGCUAUGGAUAAAUAGAAAAAAAGCUUGAGUUAAAUAAAAUACAGGCGACCUUUGAGCGUUGUAACUCAAAAGAGGAAAAUAAGAGGAAGGACGAGGAGGAGAAAGGAAAAGGAUAUCACGAAUGCGUGCUCCAUGGAUAAUUCGCGCAACCCUUGCGCCUCUACGCGCAAGCUUGCGGCUAACAUGUGCACAUACUCGCGCAAUUCACGGCGCAAGCCUGCGAAAUCCUCGCCGCAAAGUCGCGCCAGACGGGGGAGAUAUAGUCUGUGUGCCACGACUUGAAAUUUCACGGAACGACAUUUCGCUGUUCCGCUGCGUGCGUUCGCGAAGCGUCUUUCUAAUCUAUGUCUCGCUAUCAAUUGAUUGUUAUUGCUGUGGGAGCACAUAAAAGCAGAGUACCUUAAUAAAGGAAAAAAUUUUAAAGCGGGACCAACGUUCGCAAAGGCGCGCAGCGGCACAGCGGAAUGUCGUUCGGUGAAAUUUCAAGUCGUGGUACACAGGCUAUAAUAUAUAUUAUAAUAUGUAUGUAUAGAAGGAAAAAUAUUAAAUUGAAAUUAUAUUGAAUUUUUUUAAUUGAAAUUAUAUUAAUAUUAAUAUAAUUUCAAUCCAAUAUUUUCCUUCUAUACAUCGCUCAUUAUUGUUGGGUUCUGCGGUUUAGUCUUUUCUUGUUUUUGGAGAUAAUUAGCCUUAUCAUUAAUCAGAAAAAAAGAAAAAUUGGUGAUAUGCUUCCCGCUCUCCGUUUUUUGUCUUAGUUCAAUUUAUAGCCACUUGGCUUUGACUUUCCCAGCGACCGCGGAUUUAUCCCAUCAAAACAUUGCGCGGAACCGUGGUGCUUGGACCAAAAAAAGAAGGGCCGUUCGACACACGGAAGAGAGAGACACCUUCAAGUUUCGGCAAUAUACGCGUGAAAUGAAGAAACACACCGAUGCGCCAUCAUCCAAUUUACUUUCUUCUACUGGGGGCUUUUUUUUCGAGGGGCCACGCCGCCUUGGCAUUGAGCGGGCCAUCCAUCGAAACGAGUGAGGUUGAUCGAACUAGUUGGCCGGAUUACUGUGAUUUUUUUUUCCCGGUUGUCUUCGUGUCAGCUAAGAGGUGAAUGGCAUCGAGAAAAAGAACAAAAAAUGUGAUUUGUUUUCAUUCAGAUUGCGGCAAACAGUUAUUGGCAUUGUUCGUAGUCAACAUUGUACCAGAUCAGAAUGUCCUGAACGAUGAUUUCAAAUUCCCUUGAAUACUUCUAAAACAUAGGUUAGUUUAUGAAGUGUAUAUACGAAAAAGUUGAACUGAAAUUGUAAAAACUCAAACAUUAAAUUCAUUGUCUCUCAAAACUCUUUUUUUAAAGUUGAUCGAAUUAAUAAAUUUAAAAUUUUGUUUGAGUCUUUUUAAUCCAACUUUGAAAGUAUAAUAGCGUAUUUUUGUAAGUGCAUAUAAAAAAAGGCAAUAAUAAGAAAUUUAAGAAAAAAAAAACAGCUUGAAGUAAAAAAUAUAAUUUCAAUUUAUGAAUCUUGUUUAAAAGUGUUUUUGCUUCCCACCACUGAGUCUUUGGGAAAAAAAAAUUGUGGAAAAAAGAUUUCUCAUGAAACGUAAACAAGGAAAAUGUUAAAUACUUUUUAUGCCAUUUUCAAAAAUUAUAAAGAUUUAGGUUUCUGGCAGGCGUAUGAAAAAGUUAAAUUCUAUCUACUAAGUUUGAAAAAAAAAACAGGAAUAAAUCAAGAUUAAUACUAGAAACAAGAAACCAACGGCAGACGCGUCUUCUGUUAUGAAAUUCUCUUUUGAGCCUUUAAAAGGGUGAUGAGGACUUCUCAUAGGUCUCAAGACAACGGGCCUUUCAAUAAUCCUGGCAGAAGUUAUGAAUAUGGAAUACAGAGAUCAAUAGCGCGCCAAACGUUGUCGAGCUCUUGGCUCAGUGGAAAAACGCUUGGCCUCCGUCAACGCGAUCCGGGUUCGGAUCGCGAGCGCGUCACGCUUACAUUUAACGGAGGGAAUGCUCCUUGGGCCCGUGUCCAAGAAGCUGCACCCGAGCGGAUACCGCAUCUUAGUAAUCGACUCCAGACAUGUGGAAGCGAAUGAAGCUAUCCUCCACCUCUCUCGCGUCUGA